GAGAGAGAGGCACUUAACCACUUUUAUAUGUUGCACGCAUCCAUGGCAGAGAACAGAAGGAACCCCAAACUCCACAAGCAAACUCUUCUUCCUUCUUCAUUCCAAACAAGAACAACAAGAACAAGAUCAGCCCAGCAGGAACCAUAACUUGAAGAUCUUGCAAUCUCAUGCUCUGUUCGAUUGGGUUUGGUUCGUAUGAUUAUUACUUCUGGGUUCUUCCUAGAUGAAGGCCAUGCCCUUACCCUUGUCUUUUGAAGACUUUCGUCCAAAUGGGGUAUUGAAUUUCACUUCUCUCUCCGAUUCUCCGCCGCCUCCACAACUCCGCCGUCACAACUGGAGUUGCAGCACUGAUAAUACCAAUCUGCUCAAAGAUAUUUGCUAUGUGGGUGCUGCUGAACCCACCUCUGUUCUCGACACUAGAAGAAGCCCAAGCCCUCCCACUUCCUCUUCCACACUGUCUUCGUCUUUCGGCGGCGGUGGCGGUAACGCCUCCACCGACACUGCAGUGGUUGCGCCCCCAUCUUCUCUCCCUCAAAACCCUUCUCCUUUAGACAAAUGCGGUGGUGGCGCCCUUGGAAUUGAUGAUUGGGAAAGUGUUUUGCCGGAAUCCCCUGGCCAUGGUCCCUCCGUUCUUGGGUUAAUUAUGAGUGAUGUCGAAGACCCAUCUCUGGGAUUGAAUAAGCUACUGCAGAACGGAGGUGGCGGCGGCGGUGGUUCUCAUCUGGACUUGGACUUUUCUGGGGGGGUUUCCGGUGUCGAUCAUGGUUUCGUCUUCGAACCGAAUACUCUCGCCGGAGAAUCUAUUGUAGACCCAUCUUGCAACGAUUUCCACAACGGGAGACUUUUUCCCGGCGUGUUUCAGAAUCAGAAUCAAAUGAUGGAAGCGAUUGAUGAGAAGCCACAGAUUUUCAAUUCUCCCCAACUUAUGAUGAAUCAAAAUCAAACCCAGUUCACUCAGAAUCCGGCUCUGUUUAUGCCUCUUCCUUAUGGCUCCCCUGUUCAAGAUCACCAUCAAAACCACCACCACAAUCUGCUGGUUCCGCCGCCCGCUAAACGGUUCAAUUCGGGUUCAAUUGGGGCUAAUUAUCAAGAAAUUAUGAAUCGUAGACAGCAACAGGCACAACAAGUUCAAGUUCAGAUGUUUGCUCAGCAGCAGAGGGCAUCAAUAGCAGCAGCUAUGGCAAAACAGAAAAUGGUGGAUGAAGAAAUAGCAAAUCAACAGCUCCAACAAGCCAUUUCCGACCAGAUAUUCAGAGCCAUAGAGCUAAUCGAAACAGGGAAUUCUGUACUCGCGCAAGGGAUAUUGGCGCGGCUCAAUCAUCAUCUCUCUUCCCCCAUUGGGAAGCCCUUUCAAAGGGCUGCAUUCUACUUCAAGGAGGCGUUACAAUUGCUCCUUCAAAACCCUUCAAAUCCAUCCUCCAAUGUCAUCUCCUCCCCUUAUAGCAUCAUUUUCAAGGUUGCUGCUUACAAAUCCUUCUCUGAGCUCUCCCCUGUUCUUCAGUUCGCUAAUUUCACCUCUAACCAAGCCCUCCUCGAGGCCUUCAAUGGCUUCAACCGACUUCACAUUAUCGAUUUCGAUAUCGGAUACGGCGGGCAAUGGGCUUCUUUGAUGCAGGAGCUUGCCUUGAGGAAUGGUAGUGGGUUUCUCAAAAUCACAGCCUUUGCUUCGACUUCCACAAAUGACGAAUUUGAGCUUGGUUUUACACAAGAAAACCUGAAGAAUUUCGCUAAUGAUCUUGGUAUUGGGUUUGAGCUAGAAAUUCUCAACGUGGAGUCUUUGAAUUCUGGUUCUUGGCCAUUGCCACUUAAUGUCACGGAAAAUGAGGCGAUUGCGGUGAAUCUCCCUGUUGGUUCGUUCUUCAACGACUCCCUUUCCUUGCCGAUGGUUCUCCGUUUCGUGAAGCAUCUAUGCCCGAAAAUCGUUGUGUGUGUUAACCGAGGGGGCAACCGAAUGGAUGUGGCGUUCCCCCAACGUGUAAUCAAUGCGCUUCAUUGUUACUCGGGGUUGCUUGAAUCUAUGGAUGCAGUGACUGUGAAUAUGGAUACCCAAAUGAAGAUCGAGAGGUACCUACUGCAACCGGGCAUCGAGAAGCUGGUGAGGAGUGGUGAGGCUUGGAAGGAAAGGCUGCCUCCAUGGAGAUCUCUGUUUUUAUCAUCCGGAUUCUCCCCAUUGACAUUCAGUAACUUCACGGAGUCGCAGGCCGAUUGUUUGGUGCAGCGAACGCCUGUGCAGGGGUUCCAUGUCGAGAAGAGACAGUCGUCGCUUGUUUUAUCCUGGCAGCGAAAGGAGCUGGUGUCGGUCUCGGCUUGGAGGUGUUGAUAGGAUCAUUUGUCUGGGUUUUAGUUGUAUGAUGAUCAUCAAAAUUGCGGGUUUUUUUUUUUCUUAUCCAUUUAGUUAUGGUUCAACAAGUAUGCUAAUUGUGUA